AUGAGGAAGCUGCUAUCUUUCUUCUGUUGGUAUUCGUGGAUGCUUUUUUUGUUUUCGGAAAAGCAGGUAUCUGGAAAUUAUCCCCAGACACGAGGACAUCCAGGAUUCGACGUGUUAGCAUCCGCUUCUCAUUACUGGCCCCUGGACACCGUGGAUGGAAUUCAUGAGCUUCAGGAUACAACAGGAGCAUUAAGAAUCCACAACUUCACUGUGCUUCCCUCCCAUAAUUCUACCUUUGUAUAUACCAAUGACUCUGCCUACUCUAACUUCUCUGCAACCGUAGACAUUGUAGAAGGGAAAGUCAGUAAAGGUAUUUACCUCCGAGAGAAGAAAGGAGUGACAUUACUGUAUUUUGGAAGCUACAAAGCCUCUUGCAUUAGUAACCCAGCACAGUGUGGUCCUGAAGGUGUCACAUUUUCAUUUUUCUGGAAGAUCCAGGGAGAGCAGCCCAGGACAGCCCUUCCAGCCUAUGGCGGGCAGGUUAUUUCCAGUGGAUUUAAGAUCUGCUCCAGUGAUGGUAAAGGCUCUGUGGAAUUUUACACCCGUGAGAAUUCUAUGAAGUGGGAGGCCAGCUUCAGCCCACCAGGUCCCUAUUGGACUCAUGUCCUGUUCACAUGGAAAUCCAAGGAAGGCCUGAAAGUCUACGUCAAUGGGACUCUGAACACCACAGAUCCAAGUGGGAAAGUGUCUCACGCCUAUGGGGAGCCCAAUGUCAACCUGGUGAUUGGUUCUGACAGAGACCAGCCCAAGAACUACGAGAAUGGAGCUUUCGAUGAGUUCAUUAUCUGGGAGCGAGCUCUGACGCCCAGUGAAAUCAGGAUGUAUUUUACAGCUGCCAUUGGAAAGCAAGUAUUUCUUUCUACUACACCUCCCACUGCUGCAACCAACAUGAGGGCUAGAAUAUACUCCUUUACCACCACCUCAGAGAUCCUCUUCUCCUUUAAGAUUUUCUUAGAAACUAUGGGUGAAGUGCUUCAACUCCCAAGUUGGACAGAAGUAUAUGAGCAAUCUUCUGCGAUAGCAGAUUUGACCGACACCAUCGACAAAGUUCUGUGGCAUAUAGCUUACAAUCUGCAAACAUACAAAACAGCCAUUACCAUCGAGGGCUCAUCUUCAGUAGCAGAGUAUUCUCUGGCCAAAGUGCCUCCAGGGACGGUGACAACUCACCACUACCGAUUUCCCACCCAGGGACAGAGUUAUAUUGAAAUUCCUCGGGAGGCCUUCAGUAGCAAAGCUUGGACUACCAUCGUUGGCCUCCUCUACCACUCGAUGCACCAUUUUUUCAGCAAUAUCCAGCCCAAGAACACAAAGAUUAUUGAGGCAGCCAACUACAAAAGUCACUUGAUAUCAGCUACCAGUUACCUCAUUUCUCUGAAAGUAGAACCACCACCAAAGCUAUCCCAGAACUUGUCGGGAUCACCUUUGAUCACUAUCCGGCUCACACACACCCUGAGUCAGGAGCUAUACAGUGAUGCUGCAAAUAAAAGCAACCAGAUUUUCCUUUACUGUGCAUUUUUGGACUUCAGCUCUGGAGAAGGCAUCUGGUCAAACCAAGGCUGUGUCCGUAUAGAAGGGAACCUCAACUACUCCAUCUGUCAUUGUAAUCACCUUACUAACUUUGCCAUCCUGAUGCAAGUGGUACCUCUGGAGAUUCCUUGCAAAGUCCUAGCAGUUCUCCUUCAUUUCUUCUUCUUGAGUGCCUUCGCUUGGAUGCUGGUGGAAGGCUUGCAUCUUUACAGCAUGGUGAUCAAGGUCUUCGGCUCAGAAGAGAGCAAGCAUCUCUACUACUACGCCAUUGGCUGGGGCUCUCCAAUUGUGAUCUGCAUCAUUUCUGUAUCUUCUAGCAUGGACAACUACGGAGAAAAAUUCAAUUGCUGGUUGUCCUUGGGGAAUGGAGCCAUCUGGGCCUUUGUGGCCCCAGCCCUGUUUGUCAUCAUGGUCAACGUUGGCAUUCUCAUCGCUGUGACCAGAGUGAUCUCCAGGAUCAGCGCGGAGAACUACAAGGUCCACGGAGAGGCGAAUGGUUUUAAGCUGACAGCCAAAGCAGUAGCCGUCCUCCUGCCCAUCCUGGGGAGUUCCUGGAUUUUUGGGGUGCUUGCUGUGAAUGACCAUGCCAUUGUGUUCCAGUACAUGUUUGCGAUAUUUAACUCCUUGCAAGGAUUUUUCAUCUUUCUCUUUCACUGUCUCCUGAAUUCUGAGGUGAGAGCUGCCUUUAAGCAUAAAACCAAAGUCUGGUCCCUCACCAGCAGUUCCAUUCGCAACAUCAAUGUGAAGCCCUUCCACUCUGACAUUGUGAGUACCACAUUCUAUUUGGGGUGUAAUCAGCCCCCUGCCAUCCAGUGCUGGUUCGAAAGCCCAAGGCAAUUUCUAAACGAGUAG